UUACGUGAAGAAAAUUGUAUUUAUACAGACUGUGGGUUCGCGUUUUUUUCAUUCUCGCGUAUUCUGUGAUAAUUUUAUAGUGGGAUAAGCUAUUAAUUAUGAGCAUCUGCCUUGAAAUGUGUGAGCUUGAACGUUUCUUAAUUUCUGACGCAAUACCGGUCUGGCAACAUCGCGCGGAAUAGGACUGAAAGUUAGAACUCUCAUGUAUUAGAAAAGUUAAUUGGAUUUCUACAACUUUCCACAUUUUUUAUCCUUUAUGAGGUACUAGGGCCUCAGCGCCCGGUCGCACACGACGGGUCGACGAGCCGAGGGGGGAUCGGCGCGGGCACAUACAACGACUGAAGAGCCGCUGAACUGCUCCUGCGCACGCUUUGGUGCCGAUUCACCCGCCGCUCGCGCCAUAAGCCCGAUCAUGUUGAGAACGGGCGCGAGGCACCCGGAUGCUGACAGCGACGCCGUUCCCUCCACAUCGAGGGGGGACGCCGUGGACCCUCAACAUCUGUACGCGACGCUCAACGAGUACCUGCUGCUGGAGCACAAGUUCCAGCCACGACUGUGUCUGCCAGCUAACUCUGAUAGUGGCGAAGUUACGACAGGCGCGCGAGACGGCGCUGCACACGUGCUGCGUUGUCUUAAAGUCUGCUAUGACCUGCCAGCCGAUGUUCUCAUCGAUGCCAUCAGCUUAUUUGACAGGUUCCUGACAAAGAUGAAGGUGCGUCCGUGCCACGUCCCUUGCAUCACGGUGUCUUGCAUGAACAUAGCAAUUGACCAGCACGCUCAGCGCACACGCCAGCCUAGGACCGUCACGGUCGAGGAAUUAGUGUCCAUCUCGCAGUCGGCGUGCACGGCGGGCGACGUGGCGCGCAUGUCGCGCGUGAUCGGCGACAAGCUGGGCGUGGCGGGCGCGCAGCCCGUCACGCCGCUGCACUGGCUGCGGCUCCUGCGCAACAUCGUGGCCGUCGCCGCGGCGCAGCUGCAGCUGCCGCCCGUCACUCCGGUGGGUCGCGUUUCGCUCUCGACCAGCGCCCUAGGCUCUCCUAGAUGUACCACGCUCAAUAACAAACGAAAAAUCUUGAAUUCUAGAAUAUAUUUAUUGAAUACUGAACGGCAGGUCCUCCGUCCGACUGAUCGCCUGACGUCACUCCUGCCGACCAUCGAGGAGCAACACCUCGCCACCGAAGCGUCGCCAACCAGGAACAGAUCGGGCAGCGAGAGCAGCGAAAAUGAAGAAACAUCCGAUUGGCCACGCAGCCCCGUUUUACCGGUCUACUGUGACAACUGAACAACGCUUCUGGGAUAUACAUUACACAAUCCGUAAGCUCUGCCUAUCCAACAAUGCGUCGAAGCUACACAACCGCCAACUUAGCUGUGAGUGGUGUCUUUAGUGUGUGCGGUGUUAGUAAACCUUAGCGGCUUAGAGUUCACAAAUAAGUUGGCAGCACUGAUUAAGUUGUAAUGCAUCAGUCUCUGCGUGGUGGACGGUCUUACAUCCUUUCAAAGAAGAGACAAUAAGUUGGUUGCAUAGGUGCAGUAUAAUAAAGGCAGCUACGAGCAAAAAUAUCCAGGAGAACC